AUGUCAUUAACAUGUUCGGUAUGUCAUAAGCAAUGCCGGGUCAUGUACUGCUCUCAUUGCAUUAACUCAAGUCCAGGACUAAUUUUACGUAAGAAGAUUAAUCUCCUUCAGGUGAGGGAGGAAACCUCGAAGCUACGAGCCCAAAUUGAUAAUAUUCUAGAACAGGCUAUGGACGGUGACUCGCAAGAUCUGCUGGGAAAGCAUCUUCACACACUUAAGGCCAUGCACUACAAACGGAAUACCAACAAGAUUAGAUAUAAGCUAGCACAAUUGGGGAAGAUUGUCACAGUCAAACGGAACAGAAUGAAGGCUUUAGAAAUGGAAUUGGGACGAGCCACGAAGAAAGAUACAGAUAAUGGCAACAAUAAGCCGAUCAACGGGGAUCUGCCGCGUCGAUUGUCGCAUGCUCACAACGCAGAGUAUACUGAUACACUUGAUAAGUUAACUCAGAUUCAGCGCGUCCUCGCUAAUACUAAGGCCAUCAAGUUUCAGGAGCUCGUACGCCUCUUUCUCAUUCGGAGGCGCGAUCAUUCUGAUUUCCCGUAUACCAUAAGCUUUCAGCCUGUCGUAAAUUUGCAAAACAUGUACAAACUUCCACAGACUGUUGUCGAUUCAUCUUUGGAGACCAUGUGGGGAUUCAUUCGCUUGGCAAGCCGGAUCUUGUUCAUUAAUCUUCCAUGUAAGGGGCUGAAGGAUGAUGUCGUCGAUAGCAUUACUGGGAUGGUAAUAAAUCUAUUAGCACUGCUGCGCUACUUCAAAUUGAUUCCGCCUCAAAUCCGCGAUGAGCGGAAGCUGGUACGUUUUCUUCUACAGAACUACGACCUAGAUCAACUGUUUUAUCAUACAGUCAUGAAUAGAGACAUUGACGUUCCCUCUGAUGGCCUUACUGACACGCGGAUCGAUUUUGAGUCUUGCCAUGAUGAUGUUCAACAGAUGCUUCAAGGUUCUAAUGAAUUAAGUGUUUUAAAUAAGUCGAUGGAUGAUAAAUGGUUUCUGGUAGGCUAA